UGCCUUUCAGAUGCUCUCAUGGCAGCAGGAUUAUGCUGGGUUUCUGCUUGUGGGAUGGGCAGGCUACACAUCAAGGCUUGUUUCUCUCUCCUUUCUUGUCCUCUUUUCAUUUUUCAUCCAUGCCUUUUCUUAGAUGCGGAUGAUAGACAGCCUAAAUCUCAACAGUACUGGCAAGACAAGUGCUAUCCUGUCUUUUCCUUUCCCCAGACACUUACAUAUAUUACUUCAGAUUUCCCCAGGCUGUGAAUGUGCCAGAUUUCCUUGUUCAGCUCCUUCGGAGAUGAGGUGACAGUCCAGUUGUACAGAAGCACCUCACUGGUUAAACUCCUGAGUCACAGAAAAACUGCACAUUCAUCUGAGGAUGAGAAUCUUCUCUACUGAUCGUUGGAAGCUCCAUAGUCCUGCUUUGUCCCUAGAAGAGUGUAGUUGUUUCUCUUGCUCUUCUCUGUGCCCCUCCUUAUGAUGCAGUUCUCUGUUACACCGCUCCUCCUCACUUACCUCUACUCCAGAUGUAUGAUUUAUAAUGCAUUUCUUGUUACUAAACAUCUUCCACAUGAGAAAUUUUGGUGCCGUUGAUCAUCCAUGUUACUUUUUUUAACCUCUGUUUCUGCAGUGUCCCGAAACUACACAGAACUCACAACUGUGGUACCAACAGUGUUGCAUCUUUGAGAGCUGCUGGCACUCAGAGCUUUUUGAACUGUCAGGGACUAUUUCAAGGCUCUACCUAGGAAAAAGGUUCCAAAUACAGCAUGACUUUCAUCUAACAGGAGGGUGAUGAGGAGCACCUCAUGCAAGUUUUGCUCUCAAAAAUGCACUGGAGGACAUUAGUUUGGGCUUCUCUGACAGCUGUACUGUAAGGUUUUGAUUAUGAUCACAGUCCUGUCAUGUUGUCCACAUGUGUAAAACAGGAAUUCCUCACUUCUGAGAGUUCACUGCAUUAAAUACAAGAAAUUAAGAGGGAGAAUGAGGAGAUGAGGUGCCACGUGCUCCAUGACUGUGUUUGUAUAGUUGAACUGAAGACUGGGCCUGUAAGUUGCUGAAAGGCUUAGUGGUUUAAAGUAACACAAAAUACAUAGACAAGGAGUGCAGGUAACCCCUGUGUUACUGCUGUUUUUACAUGGCAGAACUAACUACACUUGCCUUUUGUAAAAGGAACUGAUGUGUAGAUAAAUUAAGCCCUUAGGAGAGGAGUUCAGUGGCAGAAGUGUGAGGCCAGCAGAUAACUAAAAAUCUGAUCAUCAGCCAGGGCUUGCAUUACAUCCUGAGAAGCACCGUUUGGAGCAGCCGUACACACCUCUGAAUGAUGAACAAGGGAUUUGAUCUCAUGAGAAAGGAAAGCGAUAUGCCAAUCCAGGAGCUGCUUAGCCUUUAUGGCUAUGAUGGCACCAUUCCUCUCCAAGAAGAUGAUGAUGAUGAAGAUGAGGAUGAGGAAGAGGAGGAGGGAGAAGAUGAUGAUGAUGUUGAUAACGAUGACAACAGUGGCUGCAGUGGUGAAAACAAAGAGGAAACCAUAAAGGAUUCAUCAGGUCAGGAAGAUGAGACACAGUCAUCUAAUGACGACCCAGCACCAUCAGUUGCUUCUCAAGAUCCACAGGAGCUGAUUCGCCCUCGUCGAUGUAAAUAUUUCGAUACAAACAGUGAAAUAGAAGAGGAGUCUGAAGAAGAUGAAGAUUAUAUUCCCUCAGAAGACUGGAAAAAGGUAAAUAUUAAGGAAAUCAUGGUGGGCUCUAUGUUUCAAGCUGAAAUUCCAGCUGGCAUAUGCAGAUACAAAGAGAAUGAAAAAGUGUAUGAGAAUGAUGACCAGCUGUUGUGGAAUCCUGAUGUCUUGCCAGAAGAUAAAGUGAUUGAGUUCCUAAACGAGGCAUCACGGCGCACAGGUGAUGAGAAGGGCCUGGAUGCCAUUCCUGAGGGAUCGCAUAUUAAGGACAACGAGCAGGCGUUGUAUGAACUGGUUAAGUGCAAUUUUGAUACUGAAGAAUCUUUACGAAGGCUGAGGUUUAAUGUGAAAGCAGCCAGAGAAGAAUUAUCUGUUUGGACAGAAGAAGAAUGUAGGAACUUUGAACAAGGGCUGAAAGUCUAUGGCAAGGAUUUUCAUGUUAUUCAGGCAAAUAAGGUACGAACAAGAUCAGUUGGUGAGUGUGUGGCAUUUUAUUACAUGUGGAAGAAGUCAGAGCGCUAUGAUUUCUUUGCACAACAGACGAGAUUUGGAAAGAAGAAAUACAAUCUUCAUCCCGGCGUAACAGAUUACAUGGACCGCCUCCUAGAUGAAAGUGAAAGUGCAGCCUCCAGCAGAGCUCCGUCCCCUCCGCCUACAGCCUCCAACAGCAGCACCAGCCAGUCUGAGCGAGAGGACAGCACCACCAGCAGCAGCAACCAGAACGGGCUGUCUGCUAAUGGGCCAGGAGAGAUACCAAGUAAGGAUGAAGCAAAACCAGAAGGACUGCACGUCAACGGACCUACUGGUGGCAAGAAAACCCCUCACACAGAUCUGGAUACAAAUGGGUAUGAAACUGAAAGUCUUUCCCUUGACCCCAAAGUUGCUCAUUCAACUUCAAGAAGUGAAAAUGAUUUUGAAGAAAAAAAUGAAAGACCUCUAAAAAGAAGAAGAAUUAAUAGCAAUGGUAAAGAGAGCCCUGGUUCUUCAGAGUUCUUCCAAGAAGCAAAUUCCCAUGGGAAGCUGGAAGAGGUGGAAACGUUGGAUGACUGAACAACAGGAGCUGAUCUUAUUCCUUGGAGUAAAUCUUGGGUGUCUAAAAUUUUCAGGGUUGAUGGGUUGCCUUGCAGAAUCCAGUUCCAUAAAACACUGCUGAGAUUUUUCUACUCGCUUCUGGUCGGCUCCGCAGAUCUGCUUCUUUGGCUGCGUCAGUGCUGAAAAGCAGCAGCAGAAUAUUCUGUUCCUGAGGUGCCAGCUGCAGCUCUGGGAACACGGAGGCACUUAGGAGCAUUUGAGAAACAAAUCAGUGAUCUUCUGUAAAAAUGCUCCCGGCCAGCAGGAGGUCCGCUGUGAGCACAGAUCUGAGCAUCGCGCAGGCGAACAAAGCAGGGGCUGGGUACGAUUUCUGAUCGCUGGGGGAAGUGAAAACGAAUCCCACAUCCCAAGAGGUGCACAGAGUAGGCACAGAGACUCCUUGCAGAGAGAAGCCCGUGUCACCCGGCUGCUGAGGAACCCGCGCCAAUCCUGAAAGUUCCGAGCACAACUAUUUUUAUAUAGAGAAGUUUUAAAAGGUAACUAAACCAGGUCAGGUUUGUCUAUGUAAAAUUGUUGACAUCAAUGAUGUCUUUCCAUAUUCUUAUCUGGGCUAAAGAAAUACGUUCUGUAUUUUUCCAGAUUCCUUUGUAGCCUUUGAAAGAUUUUUACAGUACGUAACGUCUUGCUCAAACUGUCCUUUCUUAAAACAAAAGCUUGUAUAAUUUUCUUAGCUUGUACAGUUGGUAAACUUUUAUGAGAGAAUUGAUAUCCUGAGUCUGAUGUCAGCUUCGUUUUAUUUUGCUGAGGUCUUUUCUAAGAAAAAGGAAAAAAAAAAAACCACCACAAAAAAAAAAAGCAGCCAAACCAAACCAACUGACCCAGAAAAGAAACGCUUCUCGGGCACCGCCGGGGCGUUGUCUGCUCUGAAGCAGGAAAGUCACCAACAUCAAGGAUGGUUCCCAGUCAUUUGAUUUUAGAAACGUGGCUUUUCUUACCUGUUUUAUGGCGGGCAGCGAUGCCAAGGAUUUGUUAGGCACGGCGCUCGCCUUGCACGAGUUCUUUUGCUUUCCUUAUAGGUUAUUUCCUCCUUUUGUUUUGAGCUGAGAUAAUUUCGUGUCACACGCUGCAGUUUGCCACAGCGCCGUCGCUGAGAGCAGCGAUGAGAUGAUUAAUGGAGUUACUGCAGCGUGUUUCACCACAUCACUGAGGAGAGAAGGGGAUGGGUGAGACGGUGCCGGCGGUGGCACCUCUGAGCACUGAGAGCCUUGCAGGGAUGGAUGUUUCAGGUAGAGCUGCAUUGCCAUGUAUAAAUGCAUGGCACAGUACGUGUGCAACUGUGCAGUAUGAAGCACAUCACCUGCUGGAGGACAGAGUGGGCACACAGAGCUCCGCUGCUAAGAGCUCAAUCACUGCACGUGGCGAGGGGUGAUGCUCACCUUCCUGCUGGCCCCAGCUUAAGGUUGUUGAUGUAGGGUUACAUCCAUGACACAGAAACAUCCUUAGUAUCAGCCUUUGUUUCUCUUAAAACAAAGGAACAAAAACCUCACGUUUGGGGUUGGUUACCUUUAAGCCGCAGCUACACAUCCUGCUGUGUUAAAGAUAGGAAGAAGUGUUUGUUUGUUUGUUUGUUUGUUUGUAUAAUGCAGAAUCUUGUCUCCUCCUGCACUUAUUUUCACCAAAAGGAUCUUUUAGUUUAUGAAUCUUCACCAUAUCAGCUUUAAACGUGUGGUCCCACGGCUGGACAAGCCCCCACACAGGGCUGUGCUCCUCAUGGAUGGUGUGGGUGCAGCCCAGCUCUGCCAGCAGCAGGCGGCACAGCGCUGCCAGCUGCUCUGCUGUGGAGCAGAGACCAUGUGAAUUAGGCGGCGGCUCUGCAGGCACACAGGUGCCGAUGGCUCCUGCGUGUCCCACUGCAGGGCUUGGCUUCCACCAGGGUUGCUGUUGGCUCAGCAAUCUCCUUCAGUAACAGAAACCCAAAGUGCCGCAGCCUUCCCAUGGAGAUGGGCUUUGGGUGGUUGUGGACUCAUCUUUCCUCCUGCAGCCCUAUUUUCUAUGUUAUUGUUACACAUUUUUCUUCACGAGUUGGAAAUACUUCCAUAAAUUUAUAGGAAAGUUUCUAAGUUUUUAAGUACGUAAAUGGUCUCAGGCUUGUGUGUGAAAUGCAGCACCAUGUAUAUUUUCAGGAACGUUGCUUUGUUUUUCCUUACCUUUUCCUGGUGAUAAUAGAAGAGACAUUCCAUAAUCAACAAGUACGUAAUGCUCAGCUAGACUUUAAGACUAUUUAAUUAUCCUUUACCUUUUGUUCAUGCUGGUGUUUUAUAUGCAACACUUUGUUCUUCAGCCCGCAGCCACUAUCACUUGAUAAGUCAUUGCACUACUAAGGCGAUCUAAAUUCAUCUUAGACAUUUAGCGACUGGUUUUGUUGAGGAAGCACCCAGUGGAGCCCACACCGGGUUGGACUUGGUUCCAAGCUGCAUGGGAUGGAGCACAGAGCACAGCACACCAUGCAGGUCGGGGCUCCACGCAGCACCACAGCCUGAGCUGCAGCCACCCCGAGUGAACAGAGCUCCAUGGGCACCCGAAGGGUGGAAGCGGUGUCACAAAGGACACAGCCACGCAGACUGCACCGGUAGUUUGAUACGUUUUGUCACACAUCAUAGUAAUUUUGCACUGUUAGUACUUCCCUCGUCUUAACCCUGUUCCCUGUCUGCAAUUCUGAGAAAGCUUAUUAAAGUAUUUUUGUAAACAUA